AUGCCCCUGCCCUGGGGCACGGGCGUCGCCGUGGCGUGCGGCGCGAUGGCCGCCGCGGCCGCGGCCGCGGCGCUCCUCGCCACGCUGAGGGCGCUCCGGCGGUCGGCGGCGUGGGAGGCGGCGCUGCGGGCGAGCCUCGUCAGGCACAGGGAGGCGCUGCAGCAGGCGGAGCGGAAGAGCCUCAACACGACCGGCGCGUUCGCCGGCGCCAGCCACUACAUCAGGUCGGCGCUGGCGGCGAUCGCGGGGCUGGUGGACGUGUCCCGGGCCGAGGCCCAGGCGCACCCGCAGAUCACGCGCAACCUUGACCAGAUGGAUGCCUGCACGAAGAAACUGCUUGGGAUACUUAACUCGAUACUAGACACAAGCAAGGUUGAAUCAGGAAAGAUGCAGCUAGACGAGGCCGAGUUCAACCUAGCGGACGUUCUGGAAGAAUCCAUGGACAUGAUCAACAUUGUAGGCAUCAGCAAAGGGCUUGAGGUGGUCUUUGAUCCCUGCGAUCUAUCCAUCCUCAAAUGUGGGAAUGUGAUAGGUGACUGCAGGAGGCUCAAGCAGAUCCUGGACAACAUACUCAGCAAUUCUGUGAAGUUCACUCAACAAGGGCAUGUCAUUCUCCGUGCUUGGGCAAAUAGGCCAAUUACAAGUAGCCCAGUCAGUGUUCCUUCGAGAUUCGGCUGUUUAAUACCCGGUGCCAAUUUCUUAUGCUUGUUCAAAACAAGAGAACGUCACGCUGAUUGUCACUCGUUCAGUUUGGUCCAAAAUUAUCCCAAUUCGAUUGAGUUCUACUUUGAAGUGGAUGAUACUGGCAUUGGGAUCCCAAAGGAAAAGAGAGAGUUGGUGUUUGAGGACUACAUCCAAGUUAAAGAAGGGCAAGGAGGAACUGGUCUGGGGCUUGGAAUCGUUCAGUCUUUCGUUCGUCUGAUGGGAGGUGAGAUUAGCAUCAAGGACAAAGAGCCUGGUAAGUCUGCUGGAACCUGUGUUGGCUUCAAUGUGUUCAUGAAGAUGGGUGGACAGCACGAACAACAUGACAUAGAAGAAGGCAGUUCGACCCCAACGAUAGAAACAGGCGAAAGCCGCAUCCGAGCCGCAGCAUUCAGAGAAGCUAGCAGCUUUGACGGUAUCCACUGUGUGCUUCUUGUUCAUGGUGAUGAAACGCGAAGAAUCCUGCGAUCUUGGAUGGAGAGCGUUGGGAUUCAAGUCUGCCUAGUCCCACAGCUCGAGGUCCUUGCCUCUGCUGUCGAGAAGUCGUGCCGUGCGAACACUUCUCCUGCAAGGACAUCAUCGGACAGUUUUGAAUGCCGCACGGACUACUGUUUCAGGCCCAGAGAUACGGUUACCCAAAUACUGCCCAUCGCACUGAAUAACAGCAAUAGCAUCCAGAGAGGAGUGCUAGUUGUCAUUGACGCACACUAUGGAAAACUGGUGGACAUGUGCCCAGAGAUGAAUUUUGCUGGAAUCAAAAAUAAAAUUCCAUGCAAAGUUGUCUGUCUCGCAGAUGCGAACACCUCUUCUACUGACUUGAUGAGGUUCAGGCAUAGUACAAUGUGCGACCUUGUCCCGCAAAAGCCAAUCCACGGCUCCCGGUUACGUUCUCAAGACUCUCAGGGACCUCCAGAUAUCUCAUGCUAUUCCUGACGGCAACACCAACACUGACACUGGCACCCCAGGAGGAUCGUCAUCAGGAGCAGCUGGCGCAUCCGCCGCCAUGGCUGCGCAUUCGGGUUCAGAAUCAGAACCAAGAGCGGAGGACGAAAAGCCAUUGACCGGAACGCGCGUGCUGCUAGUGGAGGACACUCUGGCCUUGCAGACGAUCGGGAAGAAGAUACUGCACCAGCUAGGAGCAACUGUCGAAGCGGCAGAGGACGGAGCCAAGGCCGCCAGCAUGUUCGGAGCUGCUCUCGAGCAGGCCGCAGCUGGCUCGGGAACGGUCGCAGCGUCCACUCCCUACGAUGUCAUCCUCAUGGAUUUCCAGGUUAAUUAGGUUCAUCACCAAGAAUCUUACAGCUCCCACAUUCUCUCUUUACCUGUGAAUUGCCAGUACUAGCUAGAGCUCUUCUCUUUCUCGGUGUGAACACCUGUUAAUCAUCAAUGUUUUUUGUUGAGAUGUUUACUGAUGUUACUAGGACUUGUUCUUCACUUCUUGGUGCCAGAUGCCCGUGAUGGACGGCUACGAGGCGACAGGGCGCAUCCGGGAGGCGGAGAGCCGCUGCGGGAUCCGCCGCACUCCGAUCAUCGCCCUGACCGCGCACGCCGUGGAGGAGGAGGCGCGCAGGACCAUCCUCGCCGGGAUGGACCUCCACCUGACCAAGCCCAUGGAGCGGAGGAGCAUAGCAGAAGCCGUCCGCCGCGUGCGCGGAGGCCAGGGCCCAGGGAUGACGACGACGACGCUGCCUGCGCCCCCGCCGUGCCGUUGCAUCGAUCAGAGAUCGCCCGGUGGUCACAGCACGCGUGACGGGUGAAUGCUCUGCAGCGACCUUUUCUUUGGCUCCUCGUUACGGACUCUGCGAGGAGAGAGUUCAGAGCUUUUGGGACACUUGAUGGUGUGGGGUUGGUGAUCGGUAGGUAGCGUGAUCAACUAAGGUUCACGGCCGGAAUCAUGGACUUAAUCUUUCGAAAAAGAAUCAUGGACUUAAUCGGGGGAUGCUUUCCCG